CCGAUCCUCCCUCUCUACCAGUCAAACAACCAACAAUCCUCACAAACUCAACACCAACCACUCUCUCCGACCACUCUGUUGCGACGGGGCCUCCAUCACAACACCCGGGCGUCUGCGCAAACCAAUAUCUCCUCCAAUCUACAGUUCCAUGUGCCACUGACCAUGUCCUGGCUACGCGCCGCCGUCGAACUGUGGCUUAUCCAAAAGCUCAUCUCGAGCCCAACCUUCCACCGCGGAGUCCGACGGAUCCACAAAGGGGUCCAUGAGUUCCGCCAUGGCAAGGACCCGGCCGAUAUGGGGGGGACGAAGAUAGAUGUUCCUGGUGGCGAGAAGGGCUUUCUGGGGCACUUUAUCGAGGAGCUGAAGGAGCAGAUACGGGGGACUUCGACGAAGAAAUGAGGGCUGAUAUACGGGAGAUUGGAACGAACAAACAUACUAUCCUGUGGCGACCAAGUUGGAUGGCCUUCGUGAAGAGGCUGUGUUGGAUAAUACGAUACGAUACCCUCGCUUUGGAGCCCAACUGUUCGACCAACCCCAACGACAAUGCGCCCAACACCGAGCACGGCCCUUGAGGUCGAUGCAUCUUGGAUCAGCGAAACUAGUUGAGGGAUCUGAACCUACAGGCGUCAAGAUAUUGUACGAUAUGUGUAGAAAAGCGAGGGGAACCAGCGGCACAAAUAGCCUCGGUUGAAGACAGGCGUUAGACCUCCAUUCACUAUGUUUCACCCAUGGAACAGGCGACAGGACUUUCAGACUUUUUAUUAUUAUGAUCUGGGCUGGCUGAAGAAUAUACUCUUUUAUACCACUGAUCUUGACAACCUUUUUAUGACUAUUUCAUGUUGACCUCUGACUUCUAACAUGGCUCAGUUACUUUCUUUCAUAUUGUCCGGUGUUUUUUUUACUCCCGACUUUUACUAUGACUAUUUUACAUUGAUUUGUGUUUCCUUGACUCCUAAAUCUUUCUAUGACUAUUUCAUAUUGACUGUGUUGUUAACUUCUAAUAUUUCUAUGACUAUCUCUCACAUUGACCUGUAUUUCCUUACCUUAUAAUAUGGUUUAUCUCUUAUUUCCUUUUAAAAAUUACUUAACAG